UGAAAACCGACCAAUCGCGCCAUUUGGCACAGCGUUACGCUUGGAAGCGUUUGUACGAACUGAAACGUAAGAGGCGCGAGGGUAGGUUGAAUCAUGGAGCUGUACCAGGUGUUGGAAGCUACUACAUCUACAGAUAAGGUGAUUCUGCAAGAGGCGGAAAGAUGUUUGGGUGAAGCUGCAGAAUCCAACUUGCCUGGUUUUCUUGUCUCACUGUCUGCUGAACUGGCCAAUGUAAGUAGAAGUUCUGUUGUUCGGUUUGCGGCUGGCUUGCAGCUGAAGAACUAUCUAACAGCAAAAGAUGCAAAACUGCGAGAGCUUUACCAACAACGGUGGUUGACAUUUGAUGAAGCAUUACGAUCACACAUCAAGCACAUGGUUUUGCAGACUCUUGGAUCAGAGGGCCGAUCUCGAUCAUCGGCUGCUCAAUGUGUAGCUUACAUUGCUUGUGCAGAACUUCCUAAUAGUGGAUGGCCAGAACUCAUACCAACACUUGUACAGAACUGCACUGCUACAGGAAGCACAGAAAAUGUAAAAGAGGCUUGUAUGGAGGCUAUAGGAUAUAUUUGUGAAGAAUUGAAUCAAGAUGUGAUACGUGCUCAAGCAAACUUGAUUCUAACGGCUGUCAUCCAGUGCAUGAGAAAAGAGGAACCAAGCAGUCGCGUACGACUUGCUGGUGCAAGGGCAUUGCUAGCAUCACUGGAUCUGACGAAAGCAAACUUUGAGAAAGAAAGUGAGAGACAUUUCAUUAUGCAAGUUGUUUGUGAAGCAACACAGAGCACACAUACAGAGGUGAAAGUGUGUGCUCUCCAGAAUCUUGUCAAGAUCAUGUCUCUUUACUAUCAACACAUGGAGACGUACAUGGGACCUGCUUUAUUUGCUAUUACUCUUGAUGCUAUGAAAUCUGAUAUUGAUGAAGUAGCUCUUCAAGGUAUUGAAUUUUGGUCAACAGUUUGUGAUGAAGAGACGGACCUAGUAAUUGAAGCUGCAGAGGCUGCAGAUGGUGGAUAUCCACCAAGGCAAACGAGUCGGUUUUAUGUGAAGGGAGCUUUGCAGUAUCUCGUUCCUAUUCUUAUGCUCAGGCUUACACAGCAGGAAGAGUUCGAUGACGAGGAUGAGUGGAAUCCAUGCAAAGCUGCUGGAGUUUGCCUCAGUUUGAUGGCAAACUGUUGUGAGAAUGAGAUUGUGCGUCAUGUCAUUCCGUUUGUGAAGGACCAUGUGAAGAGCGAAGAUUGGAAAUUUAGAGACGCCGCCAUCUUAGCAUUUGGGGCGAUUCUGGAAGGGCCGGAUCCGAAGGCAUUGACGCCGUUGGUUAUACAGGCAAUGCCAACACUUAUAGAAAUGAUGAAAGAUGUGAAUAUAGUUGUCCAAGACACAGUGGCUUGGACGAUAGGAAGAGUGUGUGGUCUCCUACCUGAAGCGGCAUUAAAGGAAGAAUAUUUGAUGCCACUUCUCGAAGCAAUGUGUGAAGGAUUAGACAAAGAGCCUCGUGUAGCUUCUAAUAUUUGUUGGGCUUUUUCGUCAUUGGCCGAGGCAGCUUUUGAGGCAGCUGAGGUUGCAAGAGACCAAGAUUGCCCCACGACGUAUUGUCUGUCGCCUGUGUAUGCAACACUUGUACAGAAAUUGUUGCAUACAGCUGACAGAUCAGAUGGCAGUCAGAGCAACUUGAGAUCUGCAGCGUAUGAGGCUCUUAUGGAAAUAGUGAAGAACAGUCCAAAGGAUUGCUAUGCAACUGUUCAAGAGACGACACUUGUUAUUCUUCAAAGGUUGAACACGGUUCUAAGUCUUCAUGCGCCUGCGGGUGAGAAUGAUCGCGCACAAGUUACAGAUAUGCAGUCAUUGCUGUGUGCUACAUUACAGAGUGUAAUACGAAAAAUGAACAAGCAAGACGUGUUACAGAUUGCAGACAAUGUUAUGACUGCUCUUCUAAGAAUGAUGAGCUUGAGAACAAGUGGUAUUCUGGAAGAUGCUCUCAUGGCUACUGGCAGUGUUGUAGAAGUUCUUGGUCCUGAUUUUAUAAAGUAUUUUGAAUCGUUCAAGCCUUUUCUACUCGCUGGACUAAGUGAUCAGGAAGACCAAAUGGUUUGCCAGGCUGCUGUAGGUGUUGUUGGAGAUCUUAGUCGUUCACUACAAGAGAAGCUAGUGCCGUACUGUCAUGAGAUUGUGACUGCUUUGUUGAACAUUUUGUCGAGUGACAGUUUCCAGAAGUUCAUCAAGCCACAGAUUCUGGCAGUGUUUGGUGACAUUGCACUUGGCAUUGGACUCCCAUUUACAGAUUAUCUCCAAGUAGUAAUGGGUGUCUUGCAGCAAGCAUCACAACUCCAAGUAGACAAGGCGGACUAUGAUAUGGUUGAGUAUCUCAAUGAGCUACGAGAGAGCUGUAUUGAAGGUUAUACCGGCAUCGUUCAAGGCCUUAGCUCAGAUGCUUCUAAAUUUUUACUGCCAUAUCUACCACAUAUUGGUGAUGUUAUUGAACACAUAGCACUUGAUCUUGAUCAUACAGACUCCAAUACGUCUGCAUGUUGUGGCCUUCUUGGUGACUUGUUGAGCAACUUCGGAUCUCAGGUUACUCAUUUGAUAAGUAAGCCAGGAAUUCAGCAGCUCAUACAGGAAGGCAAACGGUCACAGUUGAAUAAGACUAAGAAGCUAGCGAUGUGGGCAUCGAAAGAACUACGGAAGCUUGCUGGAUAGCUUUUAGAGGGCUAGAUUGGGGAGGGAUACAUAGGGCUAUGGUGUUUGUCAUUGUCGCAAGGUGAAGGCAACUUGUCUGUCAUGGUGUUCUCACCCUCUCUUUGUCAAUUGGGAAGGACUGUUCUUUCUUACUUCAUCUCUAAACUCUGGACUGGCUGGCUGGUGAAUAUUGGACAGAAUGGACCUUGGAGCUUGACAGACCUUGCACACUCAACAUCAUGCAACUACUCAUCGACUUGCUAUCUGCUCUGUUUCUGGUCAGCGAGUGAACAGUCUGGAAGACACUCGGCUCUGCUCAUCGUGUGAGCUUGGGGUUGGCCAUAUUCUUGCGCUCGUUCUGACUUCUUGUGUAGUUUUUCAUUCUCUAUAGCUUGCUUGUCUACUACUAAAGCAAAUCUCCACUUUCGUACGAAACCACACACACACACACUUACCUCAAAGCUCCAUAGAAUCCAAGGGACUCAUUUUGUAUUGAAUAAAUGCGCUUCUUGGUAAAACA